AUGAGACCCCUGAAUAAGGAAUUUAAGCCAAGAACUGGCCUUAGACCCUCAAGUGGGGGCUCUUUAGGUAGGAGAGCGCCAACAGAUACAGCCAAAAACUCAAAAUGUGCCAUGUGCUUGGAAAGAAUCCGAGACCCAACUUACUUGAACCCUUGCAAUCACAGGUUUUGCUUUGACUGUAUCCAGAGGUGGUCAAGGAAGAAAGUGAUAUGCCCACUUUGCAAGGAGCCUUUCUAUUCUUUUUUCCACACUGUAAACACCAGAGGUGCAUUGUGUGAAUAUGUUCUGCCUUUGAAGGGCGCCUCCCUUUCUGGUUGCAGGGAAGGUCACACAUCAGCUUCCACCCAAAGACCUGAAUCGCCCCUUGACAAUGGCAUAUUGCAUGAGGAAAUUAAAGGAACACAGUCUCAGAGAGAGAAGGAUCUUUACCAGCUCAUGAAACAAUUCACAGUCACAAAGAAACACGCUAAUAUAGAAGUCAUCAGCCUUGGGAAAUUUAAAACCCAAGCUGUAAUUCAUUUCAGGAAAGCUCUAUACCGUGCUGGCAUCCAGGUCCAAACCACAAAAAAUCCAGAUUUUAACCGAAUUCCUUCAGCAGAAUUAUUCAGAAGAAACCCAAGGUGCUUUGACAGAUUGAUUCCAUGGCUGAAGCGAGAAUUAAAAGUCUUGUGUGGCAAUCAGAGGCCACUGAUUCAUACCUUACUGAACUUUAUCCUCAACAACAUGACUCAGCAUGAUCUGCAGAGUAAGGACUUUGAGGACCUGCUACGGCCUCACUUUCAUCAAUUCACAGCCCACUUCCUGCAUGAAUUCAUCAGUUUUGUGCAGUCCCCCUUCAACUUGAAGAAGUACGACUGGAAUGCCUCAUAUGCCUGUCCUGCUUUCACGCAGGAAGAUUCUAACUCUUCCGACUCUUCCGCAUCUUCAGAUGCUGAGCAUUCCCAACUACCUGAUAAUGAAGAGGCACCCAAAACUGAUGGUGACUUAGAAGACGGGGACAUAGGAUGCUUCGACUCUACUUCACAGAAAGAUCUAACUGAUGCGAUGGCUGGAACAGAUGGAAUAUCCCAUACAAAUGAUGAAGGAAAUGAUUUGGAGGACUUGUCCAACAGUGAUACCGAAAAAGGGACUCAGACACCAGACAGCUUUCUGAAGAUCAAGAUCAGUAAAAACCCGCAAUCAGAUGGAUCAUUAUCUCACCCACAGUCUCAUCAGAGCAGAGAGGAAGAUGAGGGUAUGAGGGUACUGCAACCUGCCCACACCCACAGCUCAAAGCACACUGAAGUCUCUAAGAAUUCAUCAAAUGUCUUAGGAUCUGGAGAUUACAAUGCAAUUGGCUUCGAUGAUGAUGAUGUUGUUAGCUUGGUGGCUGUGCACAACUCUGCAAAGGAAGAAGCAAUCAAAUGGAAAGAUCUGGAUUUCCCCAUAGGUCACUCGAAAAGCUCAUCUUCAGAGAGGCAUGCAGCAUUAUCUCCAGGCCGAAAGGGUGCCUUUAAAAAGUGCAUUUUGAGGGAUAUGGAAUGCAAUUUUGAAGAAGGCUAUUCUUCCCCCAAGGAAAAGCAGGGAGGAAGAGGAAGAGGAAGGCAUCCAAAUGAAGGAAGGCACCAUUCAAACUAUUCCAGGGACAGGAAACUUAGAAGAGAGCCAAGAAAGUCCAAAUCGAGAGAGAUGAGCUUACUAUUAAGGAGCAGCCUGCCAUUAAGAAGCGAAAGCCUUGUGGUUAGGGACAUAAGGAAGUCCAAGUCUCAGAGUUCAACUCACUUUAGAAAACAAAGGAGCAAAGACUAUGAUUAUUUGAGAAACAGGGUCCCCAGUGAGCCAGGCUGGAGAUACCUUUACUAUAGACAAGACUGCGAGAGAUACAGGUACGAUGACCCAUUGUACAGGGGUGUGCCAGCCAGAGUAUACAGCCAAACCUUCCUGCCAAGCUCCAGAGAGAGAUCAUAUUUUCCUUCAGAACGCAGAAUCUCUCAAGAAAGUUUCACUAAAAACUGGUAUGAUUGUUCAGAGAGAUGCAAAAGCACAGGAAGACCCAGAGGCAGGUUUGCUGUAGUAGGGCAGGAGAGAGGGCCUUACGAUAAACUUGGUGGGAAAAGGAGGCACAAAUUGCAUCAUGUGGAGUCUUCCCAUUCAAGGGGAGGGCCAAAGUUUUUCCCAAAGGAUCUGAAUAGCUAA